AUGACAUCGCGACAGUCUACCGCAGGUGGUGAAGAGUCGAAUCACGAAGAGUCCAAGCUCCAAGAGCCGAAGCUCCAAGAACCGAAGCUCCAAGAGCCGAAGCUCCAAGAGCCGAAUCACCAAGAGCCGAAUCACCAAGAGCCGAAUCACCAAGAGCCGAAUUACCAAGAAUCAAAAAAUGGCCUCCAUCAUGGCGACAGAGGCGAGCUUGCUGGAAGCAAUGAUCGUGGAGAUCAGUAUGGUUAUCAGUCGGGCGGUCAGCACGGCGGUGGACAUUUGCAACAUCCUCUGCCUUCGCAUCCCCCUCCGACUCCAGGUAGUGCCACAGGCUACCCGUCUACUGCUCAGCAUGGGCCUCUACGUCAUCCGUCUCGACUUCCUUAUAAUGCCACGGAUUACCAGCCGACUGCUCAGUUUGUGCCUCCACCUCCCCCACCAUCUUGGGCAAAUUAUCCAAAUGGACAAUAUCUCCCCCAGACUGCCUCUACCGGACAGUAUCAUUGGAAUCACGGAAACGAGCCCUCCCAGCCCUUGCUCUCCAUGAGGCUCCACGCGCCCAACCAGACAGGGUAUCCAAGCUACAACAGCGUCAAUGGCGAAGAGGACGGAAUGGAGAAGAAUGGGGGCAGGAAAAGAAAAAGAUCCCAAGCCAACAUAGACGAGGAUCCGUCGGCUGGGUCUCGGGGGACUUGGGAUGUAUUGAGGAGAGACUUAGCUAAUACUCUGAAAUUCGUCUUCAAUCGAUUCCAGGAAAUUGAUGAAAUUCAAGGUCACUCCACUGACGAACGAGCCAACCUGACCGUCCAUCUUACGGUCGGCCGCUCACAGACUACGGGCGAGGUCAACGUCAACAUCAACAGGCUGCUUAAUGGGCCCUCCCGGGGAACAGAGACGCAUCUCGGGCAACACAGCAGCUACUGA